AUGGAGCAAGCAGACUAUGUAAAGCUAUUAAAAGGCGCGGGUGUACGGUAUAAGGGAACAAGUUUGUAUACAUUACCCGGUAAAGCAUCAACAGUUGAACAACGUGCUGCCGGUAAAAUUUGUGCACCGCCUCAAUUAAACCCGGUUUACGCCCCAAACCCGAAAAUACAAAGGGUUGGUAAAAUAACACCAAGAGCUCCUAAACAACACCAACAACGGGGUAACCCACAAAUAUCACCGGAAAUUUUAAAAUUAAUCUAUGGGUAG